AAGAGGUCGAGUUGGUGAAUGGGAAGAAAAAUGCAAAGCAAAGUCCUAAGAGACCUUCUUCAGGAGAAGUUUUCCAUUUCUCGGCGGAUCUUCUUCUUCUUCACGGAUCUUCCUUGAACAGAAAUAGGGUUUCCGAAUCCAAGUGCAGAUAUUGGGGGAGAUUUCUUACAUGGGUUCUUGCUGCAGCAAUCAAAUCAAGGCUGAAAACCCAUUUCAGACAGGGGAUUCUAGGAAAGUGAACAGAGAUGAAAGCAACCUUAGUAAUUUGAGUAUUAGGUCUACUUCCAAAUUGCUGAAUCCAAAUCGUGAUCAAGUUCACAUACUGAGUUCUUCUAAUUUAAAGAAUUUCAGUUUUUCCGACCUCAAGAAUUCCACCAGAAAUUUCCGUCCUGAUAGUGUUUUAGGAGAAGGUGGGUUUGGUUCUGUUUUCAAAGGGUGGAUUGAUGAACAUUCACUUUUGGCUUCUAAACCUGGUACUGGGAUUGUCAUUGCUGUUAAGAAGCUUAAUCUAGAAGGUCUUCAAGGACACAAAGAAUGGCUGGCUGAAAUAAACUAUCUUGGUCAGUUAAAACAUCCUAAUCUUGUGAAAUUGAUUGGUUAUUGUCUAGAGGAUGAUCACAGACUUUUGGUAUAUGAGUUUAUGCCUAAAGGAAGCAUGGAGAAUCAUUUGUUUAGAAGGGGGUCUUACUUUCGACCGCUGUCUUGGAAGAUUCGAAUGAGAGUAGCUUUUGGUGCUGCGAAAGGGCUUGCUUUUCUUCAUAGUGAAGAGGCAAAAGUUAUAUAUCGGGAUUUCAAGACUUCUAAUAUCCUGCUCGACACGAAUUACAAUGCAAAGCUCUCGGAUUUCGGUCUGGCUAGAGAUGGUCCAACCGACGAUAAGAGCUAUGUCUCUACAAGGGUAAUGGGGACAUUUGGAUAUGCUGCUCCAGAGUAUCUUUCAACCGGUCGUCUAACCACCAAGAGCGAUGUAUACAGUUUCGGUAUAGUAUUUCUCGAAAUAUUAACGGGUAAAAAAGCUAUCGACAAAAACCGGCCAAUUGGAGAGCAAAACCUAGUCGAGUGGGCUAAACCAUUUCUCAAUAACAAGAAACGAAUGUAUAAGAUAUUUGACGUUCGUUUAGCUGGCCAGUAUAGUCCUGCCCAUGCCAUGAAGGCGGUUAAUAUAGUUGUUCGAUGUCUUUUGCCAGAGCCAAAGAUGAGGCCCUGCAUGAAUGAUGUAGUCGGGGCACUUGAACAGCUUCAGGAGCCGAGAGAUGAGAACCAAUCAGAUCGCAAUGUAGGACCAACCGAUGGACCGAUAUCGGUUAGAAGUAGUGCAGUCAAGUUUGGUUCUUAUCCGAGGCCUUCUGCCUCAUCUCUUGUUGUUGCUUGAGAAAUGUUGUAACAGAAGGAUUAUAUGUAUAGGUUUUUUUUUGGGAAAUUUUAGAAUGUUGGCUUUGAGAAGUAGAAAAUUGAAUAAUUUUGUUUGAAUGAAUUAUUCAUUCAUAUGAAAUAGGAUUUUAUACACUCCUGUAAUUAACUGCA